UCCACGCUCCAAGGGGACGUGCGUUGACCGUUCCAAGAAGUUAUCAUCGUCUUGGUUACUGAAAUCAAAACUCUCGCCCCGUAUUCCUUUGGGAAAGGCGCUUGGCCUCUGCCUUAGCUUUCGGUGUUCGCUAACCAUCUCAUUGAUGUAACUCUACACCAUAGCAAGCCAACCCUUUGCAUAAUGCGAUAGCCGAUUUGUGAUUUGUCGGUUGCAAUCAGCUGGCAGCUUACGUACGCCAGCUUUCCAGGGCAUCUUUUCCGUAUCCAUGACCCUGGGUUCUAGGCUUCGGCCACUCGUUGCCUAUACUGCUAAGGCUCUAUUCCAACGUCAGCUUCACCGAUGCACGCAACGCUUGCAUCCCACGUUCCUCCCGGCCUCGUAAUAUUAGCAACUUCCUGGAGAAAAUAGGAGGAUCAUUAUCAGUCCUGUGCAUAUGCCGAGAGUCAGUCGGCAAUGUCGUGCGUGAGGUCCCAUGACGAUGGUUGACCUUUACGAGCCAUCAAAGCGCCCGUUCAUCACAAUCCAACAAGUGCGCUCGCCGCAUUCCUGCAUGAGCAUAUCUUAUUUCAUUUUUUCAGGGUCUCAAAAGGUUUUGGCGCGUGGGCGUCUAUCACGUCGCCCGCGGCCGUCCGAUGUCUUCGGCACACGGCUCGUGCUCUCUGCAUCCUUCUUCCAUUCCAUGACCACUUGAUUCCCCUCAGGCGCCCCAUCUCUUCGGUUAUGUUAACUAGACCGACCGUCUUUUAAGUGAGCGGCUCGCCACAGUGGUGACGCUUGGGUUACAGAUUUGCAUGAUCGGUGAACCAUCGACACUGGCAUCAUCGCUAGCUAAUUUGCAGGGGAUCGGGUCCUUCACCACGGACACUCGGAUGCUCGGUCUCGCUAUCGCUCUGUGUGCGCUAAGGGGAACAGAUAUGGGCAAAGACGAUUCGCAAAAAAGGGUUCGUUUAGGAAAAAGUCACGACAACCCCAUAUCUCUACUAUAGGUUGGCAGAUCUUCUUCAGACAGAGUUCAUCUCCAGUCCUGUCCAACCUGGACCCCAACUAACCCGGAUGAAAGCCUCGACUUCGACCCCCUACAAUUGCCUUAUCUGACACAGUCCCGUCUCAUUGGUGGAAUGACAAUUAAUGAUGUGUGGUUAACCCCCCGGCAGGGGGAGGGGUUGACGUACAACAAUACGACGUCCACACAGACUUAUUCUACGAGCAGAUCGGACAGGGUUUCAUCGCACGUUCUCCAACUCUCUUCUUCCCCUCAAACCUUGCGUUCGCAAAAAGAUGCCCCUCUACCCGCAUUCACCCGUCCCUAGGCCGCACCAUAGUAAAGGGUAGAUGGGGAUUGCCGCGGUUGUCGCUGCCAUGACCUACAUCUCUCCGUCGUCAUGUAUGCAGCCAGCGCCUCUCUGAUUGCUGACAGCCCUUCAUAUAACUCGGCGCAGCUGUAACUGCUCGCUACGUAUCGGUACGACGUAGCACUCUGGCGCGACGCACGCUGACGGCCAUCGGCCGACAUGUAUGUCAUAAUGAGAGCUACGUCUGCGAGAUGUUUGCAGCAAAGCAAGCAUGGUAAGGUGAUCGGGGAAUUACCAUCGCGCUCAGCUGCCUCGCGCAGCGCGCCCACAAAAAACAGAAACAACAUCAUGCCAUUCCUUCGCGUAAAGGCAAAGAUAUCCUCUCAAACACGAGGGUCGGUUGCAUCAGAAAACGUGGAAUGGAAUCAAGGCCCGACCUGAAUGGUAGUACCUGAGGAAGCAUAGCAUCCCACGCUCACGUUACCCAUCCAUCCUGUACAUCCGUAUCCAUACAUCUCGCGACUCCAUUCCAGCGCCAUCGCCAUUCCGCGCGUGUGCGCGUCAGUCAGACCACGUGUAACAGCGCCCCCUUCUUUCGUCCACUACCAUGUAGGGCUGAAAGGUCGCACAAGAACCGCUGCCCAAACACAUUCCCCCCCACCCACUGAGACAGAGAGAAAAAAAGAGAGACAGUAACUGAGUGGAAAUACGUAAGAGAGUCGGAGAAGUCGGCACACGGCAGCGAUGAAACGAAACAGCCAUCGUGUAGAUCAUCAUCGGCGGCGGCGGCGGCAGCAGCAGUGGGGGAAGGGGGGGGGGGGGGGGGGCUCCAGUCUCGUUUGUGGAACUACGUGCAUAUAUAUGCAUGUAUGGAAUUCCAGACCGUCCUAUCCUCCUCCUCCUCCUUCUUCUUCUUUCAUAAUUUUUUUUUCCGUCUUCCCACUUAGUUACCUUACACUUUCUCUAUACUGAAACCCUCUCGCACUUCCUCCAUUUCACAGCUUUUUUUUCUCUUCAGUUUGUUCGUAAGCUAAGACAAAGGGAAAUUUAAAAAGGGAGUGUUAGAUUUUCUUUUGUACGCCCAAAACAAUCAAUCACGUAACCUGCCCCCUUUCGGGUGUCACGACCGGCCGGCUUCUCUCCUCCUCUCGCUCCCACGAGAAGGAAAAAAAAUAAAAAAGAAGGGACGAUGUCGCCCGGGGUUCCCGAAACCGAGGCCGAAAGAAUCCCCCUUCCUUUUUCUUUUUGUGAUUGUUGUUGUUGGUGUUGCACACAGCGAUUUCUAGGCCCGAGAUGUGGUAUAGAUAUCGGGAUCUUUUCUGUGAGUGUUGUCCCGGGAUUCGUCGGUCGGGAAGGGGGAAAAGAAGAUGGGUUAGAAUCGAAGCGGAUGCGGGAUAGACAGAGGGACGCGGAAAGAAUAUAGGUAGUAUGUCUACGGGUGUGCGGCCCGUACGUUCCAUUUCCUCCUUUUUUUGCUUCUUAUUUGUUUUAUCCUUCUUUUCUAGCUUGUCUGCAUUUUUAUCUUAUUUGUUCUUUGUAAUUCUUUUUUUUAUAGUUUUUUUUUUCUUCUAGAUUUCUAAAUCGCGCUACUCGGAUUCGCUUUGUUCUUGUAUUAACCAUUAUUUUCUUUUUUCUGUUUUCGCGUGUUGUUGCUUUUUAAUAUAACUAGUAAGCUGUUCAGCUACACCUACAGUGUAGCGGUGUGUGAGCAUGUACACAGUACAUUUGAUUGGUACAUAAGAGGUGCAUACUGCCAAUCGGGCCGAGUAUCAAACCUACCAUCCAACCCAACU